AUGCGCUUGAGCCCUUCUCUCAAAGCCGAAAUCGACGGCUGGAUCACCGAAGCUGCAAUGAUCAUCUCGACGCCCGGCAUGAUCCGAGCCCAAAUCGUGCAAGAAAUGCUCGCUGCUGGAAAAAUUCUGCUCUUCCAAGUCUCCGAAAACCUCAACUCUCCUUCAUCCCUUUUGAGAAAAAAGAACGACGACGAUCAGGAUUGGAAAUUUAGGGACUACGGUUGCUACUGUCAUCCGACGCAGAAACUGAUCAAGGAUGCUAACUGGGCGAUUCCAAUGGGACAUCCGGUUGAUGAAAUCGACUCUGAGUGCAGACAACUUUACCACGCCCAUCAAUGCCUAAAAGUCGACCACGGCAUCGAAUGCGAAUCAACCAAUCACUACUCCUGGGACAUUGUCGAUGGUCGCCCCUUCUGUGCCGAUGCCGAGGGAACAUGCGCGGGAGAUCUUUGCCGACUCGACUUGGAAUUCACAAGAAAGCUCAUCGAGCUCGCCUCCGGCUGGGACUCCCAAUAUCACAAGAACUUCGGCUUCGAUCGCCGAGAAAACUGUCGACAUACGUCUGCCCGCCCGGGUAGCGCCGGCUCUGGAUCCUCAUCUGAUGGCCGUGGCUUCCUUUCGAGUGUAAUGAACGACUCCAGCGGUGGCGUUGCCCUUCAUCCCGAAGCUUCGAAGCUCCAGUGCUGUGGAAUCGGACUGAAACGUCACGUGUUCCAUAUCGAUAGACAGCAAUGUUGCGGAUUUGAGACACGAGAUAUUGGAGAGUGUCUUUGA